AUGGAAAUGGUUGAAAACACUCCUAACGAUAAAUUCAUAAAUAGACCAUUUUUAGGAAAGAUAUGCAAUAAAUUUUAAUAGUAUUCUUUAAAGGAAUAUGAAGAUGUGUCAAACAUUGAAAUAUUACACAAAAUAAUUUAAGAACAAUAUGCAAAAAGAAAAUUUGAAUAAAAAUAAAAAUUAUCUUAAUCUCUUAACAUUUUUUCUGAUUGGAAUGAUAAAUUAAUAAUGUCACAAUUUAAUUAAAUUAUGAAGAUUCUUAAUAGUUCUAAUAAAAGCAUUUACUUAAGAAAAGACAUUAGAGUCUUUAAAUAAUUAAAAUGAAUUUUAAGAUUCAAUUAAGAUUUCUCCAAUUUAAGUUUUAAAGAAAUAAUUGAAUUAAAUAAAAAAAAAAGAAUUUCAAAAUGAUGAUCAUGUAAAUUAUUGUUUUAAAUAUAAUAGAUUUUAUGUUUUGAAAUAUAUAAAAUCAUGUUAUUUCCUCACUUAAUUUUUAAACAAUUUUAAAGAUAUGAUAUAGAAAGUUAGAGUGUAUAUUUUUAGCUUCAAAAGAAUCUAUAAAUUGAAAUUAGAAGUAAUGAAUAAGAAUAAAUAAAUUCUUUAAAUAUAAAUUCAAUAAUGAAAUGGAUUCCAUCUAGUUUCUUUAAGAUUAAUAUUCUCCCAUUUUUAGGUAUAUUGGAAAUUUUCAAAUUAAGAGCAGUUUGUAGAUAAUUUAAAAUUAUGUAAUGAGUAUUAUUAAUAUUUUAGAGUGGAAUAAUAUUGGUAUAUACCUUUUAAGAGAGAGAUGAUAGAAUAAGAACUAACAAGAGAAUUAGCUUUUAGCAUUGAAUAUAUAAAAAACUUUUAGAUUGCUGCUUAAGCCCUUCAAAAUAAAUUAAGAUUUUGCAUAGAGAAUAUAAUGGAUAUUAUUGAUUGGCAAAUUUUGGAAGAAUAAAUAUAAAGUGAUUAAAUAUAAUUAUUUGUUAACAGACCUCUUAUAAUGAUGCUUAGAUUACUUGAUAAAUAAUAAGAAAUGAGUUUUCCUUAUUAAAUUGAUGGAUAAUUUUGUAUUAGAGAAUUGUCAAAAAAUAUUAAAUAAUAAAUUUUAGAUUAUCUAAAUUUGGAAUUAUUAUUAAUUUUAACCUUGUAAUCAAUCCUGAAAUAGGUUUGA